UCUUCAUUAUUAAACACUUUCUACAGACUGUUAAGUGUCGCAAGAAAAUGUGAGCUGCUCAAGGAGCGAAGUUUAGCAAUAUCACAUUCAUUGAAAUUUACUGAUUUGGAAGCGAAUAAGCCAAGAAAAAUUGUUUUUUCGGAUUGCGAUGAUGGUGGCGUUUCGAUUGUAAAUCGACAUAUUGGGAAAAGAGGUGCUAAACUGACUGAAAUGGAAAUGAAAUUUGGUAACGAUAGGCGAUUCAAGCUUGAUGAUCGUUUUUUCGAAAAUUUUGAUGAUGAAGCUAUCGACAAUAACGAAACGGAAAAUGAGAGAAUAAAAGAAUUAACUAUUUUAUCAAAGGUUUUGGGCACUAACGUUUUUGACUUCGGAUUGAAUAAAGCGGUCAAAAUUCGUUCAAAAGAAAUUGUUCCUUUCAGUAGGUUUGAUCCUGAUGAUGCGCAGCAUUCUUCUUGGAUUCAUUCACGAAUGGGAAAAGUCCCAAAUGAGGAAGUGAUUUUUUAG